AUGAGCGAUAAUAAAUUUUUAUCAGAAUUAUCCCAAAAUUUACUUGAAAUUUUGAACGAUGAAGAAUAUUAUGAUAUUACAAUUGAAGUUGGUAGUGAUCCUAACGUGAAAAUAUUUCGAGCUCAUAUGGUUAUUUUAAACUAUCGUUCUUCUUAUUUACGAAGAAUUUUAUCAAAAAAUGAAAGGAAAAAUGAUGGAACUUUAUCACAUAUUAAAUUACCAACUAUUUCACCAGAAAUUUUUCAAUCAAUUUUAAGGUAUAUUUAUGGAGGAAAAUUUCUUUUUGAAGAAUAUGAUACUUUAGAUGGUAUUAUUAAAAUCUUAGUUGCUGCCAAUGAGCUUAAUCUUCAAGAAUUAGUUAAAUAUUUACAAACUUCUUUGAUUGAAAAUAAUUCGGACUGGAUAGAGAAAAAUUUUAAUUUUAUCUAUCAAACGAGCUUUGAAAAUAAUGAAAAUAAUUCUUUCUUGGAACUUCAAAAUUAUUGUACCGAUUUAAUAUCCAAAGAGCCAGACAAAAUUUUCAAAUCAUUAAAUUUCUCAUCAAUUUCAGAAAAAAUUUUGAUUUCUCUUAUUCAAAGUGAUAAUCUUCAAAUGAAUGAAAUUCAAGUUUGGGAAAAUGUUCUUAAAUGGGGACAUGCUCAACACCCUGAACUUUCUUCUGAUCCUACAAGAUUGUCAAAAGAUGAUAUUAGUGUAUUGAAGAAUACUUUACAACAUUGCAUUCCUUUUAUUAGAUUUUAUAAUUUAACUUCAAAAGAAAUUUUAGAUUCG